CCAGCAUGCAGGUUUGCCCAGCAUGCGGAUGGUCCAAAGUCACCACCUACCGGGGUCUGAGGAUUCACCAGGGGAAGAUGGGAUGCAUACCGAGGGGAAUGGAUAUCCCUGAGAGGGAACAAAUCGGAUCACCAAAUUACAUUACAUCUGUAAAUGUAUAGAUUAUGAGUUCCUAUACAUUAUAAAAACGAAUAAACUUUGACUUUUAGUAAAAAAUAAUGACAAACACGAUGUCUUGGUUCAAACCACAAUUACGAAUUACACUAUUGUGGACCGUGAGAAUAAUUAUCAUGUCAGCUUAGCUUUACAUUGUUCCUGAAGAUGUUGAGAAGCAAUUGUUGCUUCUAUAAAUGUGGAGUAAGUGCUUUGUUUAUGUGUGUGACCUCUAAAGAUAACCAGCACAUCAGACAAGAGCAUGCAGAUUUGCCACUGCGGAUGGUCCAACGUCACCACCUACCGGGGAUUCACCAGGGGAAGAUGGGAUGCGCAUUGAAGGGAAUGAGUAUCCCUGAGAGUGAACAAUUCAGAUUCAAAGGUUACAAGUAUACAAAUGCUGACAGUGGACCUUCAAUCAAAAUAGACAAAACUUUGACUCCCCCCCAACACAGCAAAACUCAUCAAAACACCAACAACGUUCGUAGAGCACUCGAUUUCUCCACCGGUGCACAGCAGGUGGAGCAGUUGUACUGGGAACUUCCAACAACUUCAAUUGCCUUCCAAUUAAAGGAGAGGGAGAGAGAAAGGGAGACGGAGAAGGAGAUGGAGAAAGAGAGGGAGGCUCAAAAACUACAAAAGAUGAGGCAGGACAUAAGGGCUAAUUUACAGCAGAAAAUUCAGGCAAGAGAACAGAAGAUUUCUAAAGUCACAUCAUCUGUAAAAGACUGCAUGGGCGGCUUGGAUGCCGAAUGGCUGGAGAUCAACAGCGUUUUCUCAGAGGUGGUGAAAGUCGUGGAGGACUCUCGGCAGGAGGCCCUUCAACCUCUGGAGGAGAGGAUACAGAGAGUGAGUAGAGAAGGAAAAGAUCUGGUCAAGAAGCUGCAGAAUGAAAUUGACAAAAUCUUUAAGACCAUUGAUGAGUGGGAAGAAAAUGGCGACUGGCAGGGUCUUCCUAAAACAGGCCUGGAUGAAUCUCGAGAUUGGAAAAAUGUCACUGUUGACACUUCAUUCUCCUUUGGGUCACUGAGAACUACAAUAUCGAGCAUGAUGGAACAAAUUCACCAGGAACUGGAAAAACUCUCUUCUGUUGGGGCGCCGUUUACCGACAGGCAAGGCAGGCAAGAACUUGGACCAGAAGGGGGCCCCCAAAGAAGAACUCAAGAGGAUUCUCACCUUUGCAGUGGAUGUAAGGCUGGACCCAACCACAGCCCACCAGUGCCUUGUGCUUCCCCCCGAUGGAAAGACAGUUAGUGAUGGAGGAAAUUACCAAAAAGAAGGGUUACUGGGUAGUGUAACAUCUAUUUGCCGCCACUUUCUUUUUUUAGUCAUGUCUUCAGUACCUGCUGUGUUUAUUUAUUUGGCCUGGGAAUCUGAGAUUGUUUACGAUUAGUUAUAUGUGUUAAAUAGUUUGAAUUUAAACUUUUAAAAUGAUUACUGUGUGUACCUACAUUAUCCUUAAUGAUAUUUUAAUAAUUUCCUAAGCCUUGAAUAAUCAGUAACAGUUUGUUCACUUCGGUCACUUCAAAUGGGUUAUAGGCUAUCCCUUUCGGUAUCAGUCUGCAUUGUGGUCAUCUCCUGCUAGCUGUCAUAAAUGGACUCUUCCAGUUUUCAGGUACAUUUUUGAAGUUACACUUAUUAUAUCUUGUUCGUUUCUAACUAUACAUUUUAACUGAAUGGAGAAUUUCUGUUAUCAGACAUGUGUAUCUUAAGCUAACAGACACACUAAGCUAACAUUAGCAGGAGCAGAAUAGCAGAAUAGCAUCCAAAAAAAACAAUUUUUAACUUCAAGCUACUUUAAUCUGUGUUUCCAUCGGUCAUUAUAACAAGGAAUGUGUAUUGUUUAGAGUAGGACACUGUGGAGUCUAUUGUUAUAUAACAUUAAAAGACGGAUUCUUAUUA